AGUUGAUCCGAUUCCUCGGGCCGAGCCGGUCCACGAUCCGCGUUCCUACCGUUCUGUGUUUCUCAGGUGUCGAACUCCCUCUACUUUGUUUACGAAAGUGCAUCCUCGCGUGUGUUUCUCCUCGUGUGCGUUUUCUGUGCUCGUCCAUGGAUUAACGACCAAGUGUGGAUAUUACCUCUUUUUGGAAUUAAACUUGGAUACAAUCAUUUGCUCCAGGAAGCACUACACCACAGGAUCUUAGGAGGGAGAGGUCCAUCCUGAGGCGGGAUGCGGUGGUUCCAGAAGCCGGCGACGGACGCGCCGCGGCUGCUGAGCCUGUCGCCGCUGCGGCACGACGCGCACCUGGACUCGCACGCACACGGGCCCCACCGCGGACACGCCGGCCGCGGCUCCUUCCGACGGGACCCCGACGCCACCCCCACUCCCAUCACCCAGUUACGUCACAGAUCCAGGAUAGACAUCUCGCCAGCAGAAUGGCAGCGGAGCACGAGCACGGACCAAAACGACCUCAACUGCUACAGCGUCAAAGACGGCGUCGUCAUGUUAGAAACUCUCACGAACCCGCCCCCCGAGGGGGACGACGAAUCUAGUCAAAAACGCCGGCGCUCGCGCCUCCUCACCACCUCCCCCACCCCUUCCCCCACGACUUCCACAACCCCCUGGAAGGAGAAACGCAACCCCCUCCUGGAGAAAGUCAAGAACACGAAGCUCUCCUGCUUCAAGUCCUCGCUGAACGUGAACCAGGACUCCGGCUCGCGGGACCAGGACUCCGACUGUCAGAGGUUAAUUGACGGCGACGGGGACUCGAUCACCGGGGGCGGAGCCGGGGGCGAUCUAGUCGAGCGGGCAUCUAGUCGGGAGCCGGGACUCCACCAGUCGAUACUCAACGAGAACGUGGCCUACGCGCGGGCCCAGGUCUACGAGAAGCGCAUGGAGCGGGAGCGGGCCCAGGGCGGCGCCCAGGGCGACCCGCAGUUCAACUCCAGCUCGUGUCUUUCGGCUAAGAUUAGGGCUAUGUCCGAAAAGUACCUCAAGAACUCCACGAAUAAGAUUCUUGCUAAGUUGUACAGGAGUACGAAUUCGAACAAGGAGCCGCAGAAGAAGGGGACGAAGUUGAGGAGCUUCUCGUACGGCGCGCUCCCCGGGUUGGCGGAUUUUCAGAAGAGGCAUAAUCCGCUGUACCAUGAGGAUGAAGAGGAGUUUAGUCCGACGUUCAGUCAGGAGAAGGAUGGGGAGGACUCGGAUUCGGGGAUUCUCGUCAAUGGUUCCAGUAACUCGUCUGUCGUUGAGGUGGCUUGGCCGGGCGGGUCAGACAGCGAGUUCGGGUUCAAGAAAGCGGAGCAAGCGCCCUCUAGCAGCCGCGUGGCGAGUCACUCCCAGCGCUACCGGAACCGGGCGUGCCACGCGCGGAGCCUCUCCAACGACGCCUACGAGCCGAGCGCCAAACCGCGGUCCUCCAUGUCCCCGCCGCCGGUCCCGACGCCCCCGCCGAGGCAGGACGAGUCUGAUAAGAGGGACUUCCGCUUCGUCAAACUGAUAAGGAACGAGCCCGGCGAGGAGAUGGGCAUCUUCAUCGCCAAGAUCAAUUCCAGUCGUGGCAACGGCGGAUACGCAAUCGCCCACGUCGUCCCCGGAGGCCUCGUCCAAAGGGAGGGAUCUCUCCAGGUUGGUGACGAGAUCAUCAACGUGAACGGACGGCGGCUGCGGGGCCUAACGAUGGCGGAAGCGCGGGAGGUGCUGAGCAGCGGCCCGGUGGAGGUGGACCUCGUCGUGGCCCGCAACCCGCCCUCCGCGAAUACGUCGCGCUCCUUCGCAAGCCCAGAACGCAACCAGGUGAGCGCCGACUCCAUGCCCGAGAGCUCCGUCGAUUACGAGAACGUCGUCGUCCAACGGAAUUCCACCUGUGACGUCACCGACUCCAUCGUCAUCAAAGUUCCUAGUCCAAGUCCGCACGAGUCAUGCGUCCGCGACGAAGCGGACACGCCGGGCGUGCGGAAGCGGUUCCAGAAAUCGAACAACAGCAACUCGAUCAACAACAAACUCCUGAAGAAGGCCAUCGCGAGCUACUCCAAGUCCAAGUCCCUGGACGAGUCCGAGGCCGAGGCGGAGGCGGAGUGCAUGUCCCUGGGGGCGGCCCGGCCCCCCUCGAGCCCCCAACUGGACUCCCUCUCGGCCUCCACCAACUUCUGCACCCUCCCCCGGAGGCCCCGCUCCACCGUCUGCACCUUCCACACCUUCAUCUUCGAGAAGGGACAGGGGAAGAAGGGACUCGGCUUCACCAUCGUCGGCGGCAAGGACUCCCCCCGCGGGCCCCUCGGAAUCUUCGUCAAGAGCGUUUUGGAGAACGGACAGGCUGCCGUAGAUGGCCGACUCAAAGAAGGCGAUGAAGUGCUUGCAGUGAACGGACAAGUUUGUCAUGGACUCACUCACGCAGAUGCCGUGUCCCUCUUCAAAAAUAUCCGAAGCGGCCCGGUCGCCCUUCAUGUUUGCCGGAGGACCAGAACCAAAGCAACGACAAGUAAAGCGCAGUCUUGUGGGGAUUUGAUUCAAACCGCAAACCCCGAUGAAGAAUAGUUUCGUGGUUGAGCUCCUGCCAGAAUCUCUGGAUAGAUUUUAGGAGGAGUAGUUUUCCGACCCUCUUUUCUUUCAUCAAACUCCGCAAGGAGUUCAAACAAACUCCGGCAGUCCGAUCAUAUUAAAGUGUUGAUGACGUAUGAAACUCAUCAGCGUGUAAUUCAGAGAUCAAUCCGUGAGAUUAGGUGAAUAUCUUGAUGAGCGGGCCAACUGGGUUUCUUCCAGCUCACAAUCAGUUGACGCACUGUUAAUUGAGCUAAAAAGUGUAAAUUGAAUCUCGUUCUAGAUGUGUAAUUUAGAAAAUUGUAAAGUUAAAGUUUCUUCCGAAUUCACUUCGUGCCAAAAGUUGUAAGAAAAUUUGUCCAGGUCUAUAUAGUAGGGUAUAGAAAGAGAGACAUCGAAACUUAAAGCAGCUUUGACAGCUUUUAUUUUUAUUCAUUGUUUUAUCUACUCUCUGAUUCUGAAAAUUCUUAAAAAAUAGAGGCGUCGAAACUUGAAGCAGCUUUGACAGCUCUGAAUUGAAUAUUUUACUGUCUUCCAUUUUCAAUGUUGCGCCAAAUUCGAUUUUUAUACGAAUUAUUUUACAGAAUUCCUGCAAACAUACCAUAUUUUGUACAAUAUUUUUAUUCAUUGUUUUAUCUACUCUCUGAUUCUUAAAAUUUUAAAAAAUAGAGACAUCGAAACUUAAGGCAGCUUCGACAGCUUUGAAUUAAAGAUUUCACCAUCAUCUUCCAUUCCCAAUGUUACGCUAAAUUCGAUUUUUAUUCGAAUUAUUUUACAGGAUUACUGCAAACAUUCCAUUUUUGUACACUACUUUUAUACAUUGUUUUAUCUACUCUCCGAUUCUUAAAAUUCUUUUAGUAUCAAAUAUUUUUAUCGAUGUGAUUUUUACCGGCGUGUCCGUCUCUGGCUCAAUUACCCAUAAAAUUGCAUUUUUUGUAAUUGUAAAAAUUAUCAUUUCCGUCCCCUUUGUUACUACCUACAUUGUUGAAUUUACUCUCGUUUACCUUUUAAAUAUGUUUAUGUAAUUAAAUUCGUUAAAUUAAAAAUUUCA